ACCGCUCCCCCAGCAGAUACUGGAGCAACAGAAGACAUUACCGGACCAGACAGCUCGGUGUAAAUACAGUAGUAGCUACCGUCUACUAUUCACGGGAGACACGUUUCACUACUCUGAGCAGAUGGUUGGACGGUUCUCGGCGCCAGUCCAUGUUGGAGCGGAGGGCAAACUGAGUGAACACUGUUGCUUCGAGUUUUAGCACAAGUAACGUUGACGUUAGCUGAAGCUACAUCGUUAGGUGUCUAGAAAAGGCUCGGUAACAUCAGUGUUUACCAUCACGUCGAGUAGCCUGGUAGUCUAAUCUAAACAAAACGCCAAGUGGUCGGAUACUUGGUAAAGAUGGGUGACAUAAACCCAUCGACAUCCCAUGCCUUUCAGUCGGAGGGCUUCAGUCCGCCAUACAGGAGGAGGAGGACAGUAGAGGAUUUUAACAAGUUUUGCACUUUCGUCUUGGCCUAUGCCGGUUACAUCCCAUACCCCCAAGAGGACUCUCCACUGCGCAGUAGCUCCAGUCCUCCCAACAGUACAGGCAGCACAGCUGACAGUGAUGGCUGGACCCCGGGACCGCCAACCUCCUGCCCCCAGCGCCCUCCCAAGGUCCCCCAGGACAGGAGCAGGAAACGUCCGCAGCCAGGAGCCCCACUGUCCAGUCACGGCAAGAAAGAUCACACACUUACCACCCUGCACCCAGACGACCGCAGGAAAGCUGACAAGCUGAAGAAGAAGAAAAGGAGAAAGGAGAGGGAGCAUUUGGUUGGUGAGGAAAGCGUAGUUCAGCCGGCCCACUCAGCAGUCCCAGAGCUGCCCUACCCCGACUCCUUUGGUGGCCGAACGAUCAAAGAAGAGCCUGAAGAUGAUCUCAGCAUUCCCCUCCACCCCCCGCGUCUGCCUGGCCAAGCCUCCUGCAAGGAGGAGCCCAAGGAGGAGCGUCGAAGCUGGGACGGUCAAGAUAUGGCCGAAGGUGUGGUAAAGGUACAGAAGGUGGAGGGCUUACCAGGAAGCCGAACAGUGUUCCGCCAGGGGAAACAGGUGGUGUUUAGAGACGAAGAUGGAUCAGGAGAGGAUGAGGACAUCAUGGUAGACUCAGAUGACGACUCAUGGGACUUGGUGACGUGUUUCUGCAUGAAGCCUUUUGCGGGCCGGGCCAUGAUCGAGUGUAACAAGUGCAACACCUGGAUCCACUUGUCGUGCGCUAAGAUCCGCAAGAGCCACGUGCCAGAGACAUAUGUGUGCCAGAGCUGCCGAGAGUCAGACGGAACCCCAGACGCCCGCCGAUCUCACCGCUCGCGCGUUGGCCCACGCAAGCAUCUGCUUGACUGACCCCAGGCUGAUCCUUAAACUCUGAUCCACUCCUGCUCCCCCCUUCCACCUGCUGGACUGACCCUUCCCCCCGAAUUCAGGUCUUGAACCCUUCAAUCUCUGUCCUCCCUGGUCAGCCAUGAACCCAGAUUUUUCUAUAAACACUUUGAUGGACCUAUCCCAAGACCUUAUCCCAUUUGAAAACAGUUUGAGUGCUAUUUUAGAUUUACUAAGGUUUGGUCCUGCUUCCCUACAGAUUCUGUGCGUAAGGCAAUCACUGAAUGGAUGUCUGUCUGUAGAUGACAUUAGCAUAGCAGCAAACCUCUACUGUUGGGACUUGGUGUCUCAUGAACACUGGAAACAUUUGAACUGCCAUAUAGAGAGAAAACCCUCACAACUGCCACCCACUAUGGUGCAUGCUGGGAUUUGUGGGAAAGACAGUUUGCACUUUUCUCACUUUUUAAAAAAUAAAAGAAUCCAUAUGACCUUUCCGUCAUAGGGACAGGUAUGUCUUUCUGAUUAAAACUGGAUUUGAUUUAUCUUAAAUGCCUCUAUUAAUGUUACACAGUUAACCGUUAAAAAUUAGACAAGUUAAGCCUUGUGGUAAUUGCUUCAGAUGGUGCUAUAGUAUUAAGCUGAGGUAUAAUCCAAUAGAACAAAGAUGUAGGAUAAGAAACUAGAGUCUGCAUCUGCUUCAUCUGUUUGCUGUUCUGUUUUUUUUUAAGACAUUGUGAAAGAAUAUCAUUGAGGCUUGAAGCCCUUACAGCUGAACCAAGCGCUUGUUCGUCUCCGUCUACUUCACAAACUGUCUUCCAGCCUCGGCUUCUACUCUGAAUCAAGAUGUUAUUUUACCACACAUGAAGCUCUCACACAGGUUGCUUUUCAAAACGGUUAAACCAUGUUCUCAUUUCACCAGAAUUCUGUUGUUCUUGAUAUUUUUUUUCAUAAUAAUUAACAUGCUAUUUCACAGAUUUAAAAAAAAGCCAGAUAACUGACAAGAUUCAGAUGACUGAUGAGUUUUCAGGUGUUUAAAGGUGUUUUUUUGUUGCCUCUGGUCAGUGUUUUGCUGCAUUUUAUGAUGGAUUCAAACAGUGGUAUUGUUCCUAAAUACUUUUAUUUUCCAAACCGUUAUUUAAUCUCCUUUUUAACUGUUUCAUGUUCAUAACAGAGAUUUCAGAGACAAGUAUAUUUAUAGAAGGGAACUCCUAUGGCCGUCCUGUUUAAGUAUCAACAGAAGAAAAAGCUGUUAUUACUGGAAUAGUGUUGUUCGAACGACUCUGUCAAGUUAAAAUUAUGCAUGUGAGUGUGUGUUUGCUUGAAUGGUCGACACUGUGUGAGAGUUGGCAAUGCAUGUCACGCUAUGGCUCAACAAAGUUCCAUGGUUUUUGGUCUUUUGUAAGAUAGAGAAAUUGAUAUCUGCAAAGUACCAUGGACCGGGUGGGUUUGUUUUGUUUGUCUCUGAAGGGUCAGAUCAGAAGAACAGAUCUCGGUCUCUUAUCACCUCUCACUAACGUUUUCACAGCAGUAUUCAGUUACCUCCACAUGCAGCAGGUAUAAUGGAGAAACAUGUUUUUUUUAGGGAACUUUUUCCCUAAAACCUGCUUGAAAUUGGAUUUUAAGCUUCGUUUUAUGUGCCAUCUGCUGUCGUUUCUGAUUAUAUAAAAGCCAUACUGUAGUGACAGAUUUUAGACUCAGAACCUUUAUAUUAGUCCAGAAUGGGAUUUUACAAUGCAGAAUCAAUGACUUUACUGGGGAACACACAAUGAAUGUUUGGUAUGUAAAGAACAAAAGACUUUCUAAGAGUUUAAAGUGGUUAAGCUCAUCUCUGCACUCUUGUCUUCUGGCAUUUACAAAUGUUGGUUCAUACCCAGAUCUUCAAAAAAAAAAAAACAUCAGUGAUGUUUUUCAGACGAUUCAAGACCUAAAAUAAUUUGCUGUUGCUCAGGACAAUUCAUGUCUUGAAGAGAACCUGAAGAGACACCUUUAGGCGAAAAUUUCUAAUUUUAGCUUGUGUCUUUAAGACAUCAGUGUAAUUAAUGUUAGCAAUGCUCAUUGUGAUACAGCUCGUUUAUUCUGAUCUUGGGUUGCCCUAUCCCCUUAUUGAGAAAGCGUUGUCUGUACUGUCGUGCAAACUGUUUCUGUGAAACUAUUGUAAACUAUUGUAAAUAAAGAGUUACCAUUUUAA